GAGCCCACCACGCCUGCCCCGUUGGAGCCCCAGGAGCACGGCCGGUCCAGGUUACAAAAUGUCCUAUGCUUGAGAUCUACAGACAACAUGUCCUACAGGAACUAAUCAGUGGUCUUUCAUCUCCUGGAGAUACAUUAGAAGCAUAAAUAUGGUGCCAAAGGAACUCCUUAUCUUUCUCUGACUACAAUUUAUUUGGACAUACUUUUGUAUUUGAAGAGAGGCAUACACACUGAGUUUACUCAUUGUGCAAAGACUCUGUUGUGUAGGAUCAUGGACCAUCCUGGUAGGGAAAAGGAUGAAAGACAACGAUCAAGUAAACCCAUGGCACAAAGGAGUGCUCACUGCUCCCGAUCUUCUGGCACGUCAUCCUCUGGGGUUCUCAUGGUGGGACCCAACUUCAGAGUUGGCAAGAAGAUAGAGUGUGGGAACUUCGGAGAGCUCAGAUUAGGUAAAAAUCUCUACACCAAUGAAUACGUAGCAAUCAAGCUGGAACCAAUAAAAUCACGUGCUCCACUGCUUCAUUUAGAGUACAGGUUUUACAAACAACUGGCAGUUCAGCUUUCUCGAAUGGAAUAUGUACAUCAGAAUCUCAUUUACCGAGAUGUCAAGCCAGAGAACUUCCUGAUCAGCCGACAAGGCAAUAAGAAAGAACAUGUUAUACACAUUAUAGACUUUGGACUGGCCAAGGAAUACAUUGAUCCUGAAACCAAAAAACACAUACCUUAUAGGGAGCACAAAAGUUUAACUGGAUCUGCAAGAUAUGUGUCUAUCAACACACAUCUUGGCAAAGAGCAAAGCCGGCAUGAUGAUUUGGAAGCCCUAGGCCAUAUGUUCAUGUAUUUCCUCCGAGGCAGCCUACCCUGGCAAGGACUCAAGGCUGAUACAUUAAAAGAGAGAUAUCAAAAAAUUGGUGACACCAAAAGGAAUACUCCCAUUGAAGCACUCUGUGAGAACUUCCCAGAGGAGAUGGCAACCUACCUUCGAUAUGUCAGGCGAUUAGACUUCUUUGAAAAACCUGAUUAUGAGUAUUUACGGACCCUCUUCACAGACCUUUUUGAAAGGAAAGGCUACACCUUUGACUAUGCCUACGAUUGGGUUGGGAGACCUAUUCCUACUCCAGUAGGGUCAGUUCAUGUAGAUUCUGGUGCAUCCGCAAUAACUCGAGAAAGCCACACACACAGGGAUCGGCCAUCACAACAACAGCCUCUUCGAAAUCAGACUGCAUUGUCAGAGCGCCGAGGAGAGUGGGAAAUCCAGCCCAGCUGGCAGACCAAUACCUCAUACCUGAUGUCUCACUUGGCUGCAGACCACCAUGGGGGAUCAGUGCAGGUGGUUAGCUCAACCAAUGGAGAGCUGAAUGUGGAUGACCCCACUGGAGCCCAGUCGAAUGCACCAAUCACAGCUCAUGCUGAGGUGGAGGUAGUGGAGGAAGCUAAGUGCUGCUGUUUCUUUAAGAGGAAAAGGAAGAAGACUACUCAGCACCACAAGUGACCAGUGCCUCCCAGGAGUCCUCAGGCCCUGGGGACUCUUGACUUAAUUGCACCUGCAGCUCCUGCCAUUUCUCAUUGGAAAAGACUCCUCUGUGGGGAAGGAUAGAGAUCCAAACCAAAAAGAAGAAAAUAGAUGCCCCCAGAAGGAGCCAG